GCUAACUAACCAUUAAAAGCCACGUCUCGCACUGCCAAACGUCCGCCACGUUCAUAUCGGCUAAAUACAAUACAAUCUACACCUAUAUAUGAACCUCUGAUAGCCGGUAUAUAAACAUAUUCAAUAAUUAUUAAUUAUUAAAUAAAAGAAAUAUUUAAUUAAGUGUUUAACCAAACAAAUCAAACAAUGGCUCUCACCAAGAGCUUAAUAUCAACCGUUAUCUUACUAAUCUCAAUAAACUCAGUGUAUUUAUUAUCUCCUGAAAAAAUAAACCCGGACAUCGUACUGAAGAAUGUCGACAGGACCAUCGAUCUGCAAUCGCAAGUAACAAAAAUAUCUUCAAAGCUGGUGGUAGAAAACACUGGAAAAGCUCCAGUUCGUCAGUUUCAUUUCGCCGUUGAUGACAACAAAACCCCUCAGCUGAGUUACAUCUCUGCUCAUACACGAGACGCAAGUAGAACCGAAUUAAAGGUAACACCCAUCAAAUUAGAAGGUUAUCUUGACAAAAAUGUUUACCGUAUUGACUUAAAAGACCAGUUGCAAUCCGGGAGAUCCACUUCCGUCGAAGUAGAAACAUUUUUCACCCACGACGUCGACCCGUACCCCAGAGAAAUAACUCAGAGGGAAAAACAGUUGGUAAAAUUCACCGGUAAUGUUCUAAUAUUUUCACCCUACAGCGUGACCAAGCAGACUACCAACGUCGUGCUGCCCAACAGGAACAUAGAAAGCUACACCAAGAUAAAACCAGUGUCCUCAACUGACUCCGCAAUAGUCUACGGACCUUUUGACAAACGUCAACCAUUUGCCAUAGAAGAAUUCACAGUUCAUUUUGAGAAUAACCACAAAUUCUUGACUGUUACCAGGUUGGAGCGAGUUAUCGAGAUCUCUCACUGGGGAAACAUCGCCGUAGAGGAGACCAUUGAUUUAUUACACACUGGUGCUUUAUUAAAAGGUUCAUUUUCUAGGUAUGAAUACACCAGGGAGUCUAAAUCCGGACAAGCUAGUGUCCAGAGCUUUGAUACAGUUCUCCCAGCAGCUGCUUCUGACAUUUACUACCGGGAUGACAUCGGUAACAUCUCAACUUCUCACACCAGAGUCAAGAAGGAUUCAGUGGAGGUUAAUUUGAGACCCAGGUUCCCGUUGUUCGGCGGGUGGAAGACUCACUACAUAAUCGGGUACAAUGUACCGAGCUACGAGUAUCUUUUCCACGAUGGAGAUAAGUAUGUCCUGAGAAUGAGGCUGAUCGACCACGUGUUCGACGACAUGAUUGUCGAUGAAUUGAUAGUGAAGAUAAUUUUACCCGAGAGCUCGAGCAACUUCGAGCUGGAUCUUCCUUACCCUGUGACUCGUCUUCCAGACUCGGUGCACUACUCUUACCUGGACACGACUGGACGCCCGGUGAUCAUACUGACUAAGAAGAACAUUGUGGAGAACCACAUCCAGGACUUCAGUCUCAAGUACAACUUCCCGAGGAUUCUGAUGCUCCAGGAGCCGAUGCUUGUGGUAAUUGCUCUGUACCUGUUGUUCCUGAUGGUGAUCAUCUAUGUGCGCAUGGACUUUUCUAUUGACAAGGACGAGGCUUCUGAGAGCAAGCUACGCAUCGCUGGCCAGUGUGAAAAAAUCCUGGCUGCUCAGGACAAACGUAUCACGUCUUACAAUGAACUGGAUGAACAGCUGGCUCUUUUGAAGACCAACAAGGACACCAAUGGAUUUUUGUCAGCUGUUAAAGGUAUCAAUCAGGAAUACAAGAAUGCUAGUAAUGCUAUCACUGAUUUGGCUCAGAAAAUAAAAGCUGACUCGGCGGAAGUUCAUGAGAGGGUUUGCGAGCUUCAGAAGUUUGAUAAGUUUCUUAAAGAACUGUACAACCAGCAGCAGGCGUUGUAUGUUGAUAAGCUUGUACCUGGAAAAAUUAGUCGCACGCAGUUUGUUGAGGCCGAGGCUACUAUUACCAAGAAGAAGGAGGAACAUGUGGAGAAAAUUAAUACUAUCAUCAAGUCACUUCAGAUUUAAAUUUAUUUUUAGUUAUUGAUACUAUUAAAGUCAUCUGAGCUGUCAGGUUGAUGCUUUGUCCGAGACUGUAAAUAUUUUUUUAAAUUUUGUUAAGUUUACGGUCAGAGUAUUUUUAAAGCAUCGAUUUGAUGGGUACUAAUCAUCUUUUUAUAGACGUCUGUUGUGAGAUUAAUUUUAGAUUCAUCAAUUUAAAUUUUGAGUAUUUGUAAUAAAGUUAAACUUUCUACGUAAAA